CUAAUAGUGACACUAGUGUCAUUCCUUCGUCACAUUUUUUACAGAGGUAAACUUCGCCCGUGCGAACAGUUGUUGAAACAUUCGUUACAAAACUCACAAACCACUCAGAAGCCCACAUCAGCAAUUCAACGAAACCCAAUUCAAUUAAAACAGUGUUACGAUAAUUGUGAAUUUAAAAUCGGCGUGGGUAAAACUCAACAAUUUAGUUGUUAGUAACUCAAAUUUACACGGCUAAUUACACAGCGAUUAUGUACAAAAUAAUUUUGGCGCAACAUGACUGGAUUCUCAACAUUCACUGGACUCGAUUCGUUCAUUGAAUAAUAAUCGUUCCCGAAGGUGGCCUCUAUUUAAAUCCAAACUUCCCUUCUAGAUGUUUCGUGAUCGAGGUCUUUCUCGAAUACCCAUCGCGACUUCCGCUUCCAGUCUUUUCUUUAGCGAACGCCGCCUGACCGCCGUCACCGACGAUGAGUCACCCAUCAUCGCGGCACAUGUUAUGUAGAAAACCCAUAGACGUCGUACAGGGCCUGCGUAUGGGUUUAUUUCGUAACACUGCCCCCUCCUUAGUUCUAAUCGUCCUGAAACAUCAAUGGUGUCACUGUCGUACUUCAUGAGGCGGUCUAAGUGAACAAUCUUCAUUUUCGUCUUCGGCCCUUGUCGAAUCCUGUAAACGAAAUCAUUGAUCCUCGUCACAAAAGUAUAUGGGCUUUUCCAAUCUGGUGACAACUUAGGGCAACGACCAUUCCUUCUUCGUGGGUUACAAAGCCAUACCAAAUCUCCUGCCUGGAACUCUACAGAGUUGUCCCUAAGUAACGUGUCCCCAUUCUACCACUCGCCACUCUACUCUUGUGGUGCAGCAUUUCGUGAAGGCUCGGCAGCUUCUCCUGCAAGCCAUCGCGGUACCCUUUGACAUUCUUCCUGUACUUAUUCCGUGGCCUACCUCCUUCGGGGAAACUGGGGCUGGUAAGAGUUACCUCCGUAAGAGGGACUUGACGGAACACUUGCGUUCUGAUAAGGCUCUACUUUCUAGUAAAGGAGCUAUGCGAAUAAUAAGUUGUCUAGGGCGAGUCAACUGAGCAGUUAGGGAGCGUAGCGGCUACCUCAGAGUUGACUUAUUUUUUUCACUUGUUUUAAAAGACUUGCGGAUCCAAAUUUAUUUCGUACCCAAUCAAGUCAGCUAAUCCCACCUUCGAAGGUACGAACUUGUAGCCCGUUCGGUCCAUAGCAAGCAAGGUAACGGGGCAAUGGCAACAAAACCGGGUACCUAGAGGCGGGCGCCAAGCUCCACUGGGGAAUGGAUUGUCGACCCAUAUUUUCUUGUAGGACUGGAGGGGGUAGUGAAAAGCUUCUUGAUCGUGGUUUGGCUCCUUGGGCGUGCCUUAAAGCCUAACGGCGGGAAAGGCACGAUCCCUCGCAAUAGCACCACUCAUGUACUUAUUCCCUUCUUCGGUCACUGAGAGGGGACCCGUUACAUCUCCUGCCGUUCUUGUAAAAGGUGAACCGACGUUCUAUGGUUGCAUCGGUCCUCUCGCCUUAAUCUUAGAUCUUUUAACCGCCGUACAGGUCCUACACUUCUUGCCCCAGCUCUCGACGUGUUCCCAGCAAAGGACCCAGUAGAAUCUCUCCCUAACUUUGGAAAGCGUCUUGUUUGUUCCAUAAUGAGCACCCGAACCUCCAUUGUGCAUUUCUUGAAAUACUUCCUAGGUUCUAAUGGCCGGAACCACCAACUGCAUAGUGACAUGCCUUCCAUCCGGACUUUGCCAGGCUCACUUAACCAAUCCUUUCCCGACCUGCAAGGAGUCCCAUUGAGCUCAUAAUGCCUUGAAAGAAGGUGACUCGUCUGAUGUGUCAAACCACCCAGGUCGUUCUAUCCCAUCUUAGCCCAUAUUUUGACGCAUGGUGUCCCUUUCAUAACAAGCCCACCAUUCGUCAUCCUGGAAACAAAAAGUCCGAACUUGUGAGUUAGUACCAGUUAACAUCAUCACCAAAGCAAGCAAUCACUUGUCCGCGGCCAGUCAAAUCACUUCAGUAGUGAUUCACAUUGAGCUUGUUUCUUUGUCUAAGAUUUCUUUCCACGAAUAUCAUGAAUGAAUAUAGUCCAUCACCAUCUAGGGAAUGCGCCUAUUCUUUAGAUUUCGACAAAAUCUAAUCACUCCAACUGCAAUUCAUCUACAAAAUUGCACCAGUUCGUGGAAGACCCGGAGAUCAACUGCAAAACACUUACGAUCAAGGCCGACAAAUCUGACGAAUUCGCCAGCAUUCUGGUUGGUCGGCCGGCAAUUAAUGACGGGAAAUGCAUUUUUAUAAACACUUGCCGCUAUAAACAUGACAUGAUUGGAAUUAAAAUUCAGUCUAAUCCAAUUCAAUCCUUCGGUCGGUCCGACCACUUCCUAGUGUGAUCGCGAUACCCCAACUUCCGGCCGCCGAGCGCCGAACCCGUGCAAAAUAGUGCCAAAUGCAUCUCCAUUCUCCAAUCUUCAAGCCGACCUUCUUCAGCUGGUUGCAACGGCGCAUCCCGAGCUUCCCCUUCCAACCUUCUACCGAGCUGCUAACUCGAUGACAUGUACCUCAGUUCACGAUGACCCUCAACUUGAUUGAUAUCAAGAGCGAGUACGCUAAAGACAAAGAUUUGAAACAAGGGGAUGUUGAGUUAUUUAUGACCUGGGUUAACAAGCAGCCACAUCUACCAAAAAUUAAUGAACUGCAAGCCAUUCUUUUCCUACAAAGUUGCUAUUAUAGUAAUGAAGCGGCAAAAACUGCCCUUGAUACCUACUUCACUGUCAAAGCUCUGUGUCCUGAAAUGUUUGGGAAUAGGAAUCCCUUAACAGGACCUAUGAAAGAAACAAUACAUGUGAGCGUUAUGACACCCCUUCCCAAAGAAACGCCUGAUGGUAGUACAAUUUUUUUCGUCAAAUUAACAGAUACUACUCCUGAUAAAUAUAUAUUUGUUGAUCAGUGCCGAUACUUUGAUAUGAUUUCCAUGUUACAUUUGUACCAGAAAGGGACAUCAAAAGGUCAUUUGAUCGUUUUUGAUAUGAAGGGGAUAAGUUUCCCACAUUUAGCUAAACUAGGGCCUAUUACCAUGAAGAAGCUAUUAUUCUACCUUCAGGAUGCCCUGCCUGUGAGAUUGAAGGGCUUACAUUUUGUUAAUAUUGUCCCGUUUAUGGAUAAAAUUCUAGCGUUGAUGAGACCCUUCAUGAAAAAGGAACUCAUGGAUGUGUUAUUUUUGCACACAACUGUAGACGAAUUGUUUAAAUACGUUCCGCAAGAUUGUCUUCCACAAGAAUACGGCGGGUCUGUAGAGGCUGUACCUAUUUUACACGAAAAAAUUAAAGGUGAUUUGCGCAACAAUACCGCUUUGUUCGAAUGGGAAGAAACUCAAAAAGUUGAUGAAAGCAAGCGACCUGGAAAACCAAAAAAUAUUGGUGAUAUAUUUGGGGUUGAGGGUACUUUCAAGAAAUUAGAAAUAGACUGAUGCAUAUGAUGUAAUAAUUAUAACUGUAGUAACAAUAUAUUAUGUUGAUCAUUA